AUGCUCCCCUCGUCAGAUAUCGCGGUCCAUGCCGCCGAGGUUGUGAGCCAGAUUGCCCCUUCUGACGAAGACUCGGAAGGCACCGAUGGAACACAGAAGGAUCAAUUGACAGCAUGGGCCCUCUUCAUCUCCAUAUUCCUCCUCAUCAUCGCCUUCUUUGCCAGUUACUACCUCCACGAGAAGAAGAUCGAGGCAGUCCACGAAACCGUCAUCUCCAUCUUUGCCGGCAUGACCGUUGGCAUCCUCCUGCUCAUCGCCUCUGACGACUCGGUACGAAAGCUAAUCAGCUUCGAUCAUCAAAUCUUCUUCAAUCUCUUACUGCCUCCGAUCAUUCUCGGCGCAGGAUACGAACUCCACCAGGCCAACUUCUUCCGCUACAUCGGCCCCAUCGUCACAUUCGCCUUCGCCGGCACGUUCCUCUCCGCCAUGACUAUUGGUAUUGUGCUCUGGUUCUACGCUGUCAGUGGCAUCGAAUCUAUCAGUCUGGAUUUCGUCGAUGCCAUCUCGGUCGGUGCGACAUUGUCCGCCACGGAUCCUGUCACUAUUCUCGCCAUCUUCAACACGUACAAGGUCGAUCCCAAGCUAUACACCAUCAUCUUUGGCGAGUCUCUGAUGAACGACGCCAUUGCCAUUGUCAUCUUCGAAACGGCGCAAAAGUACAAGGGGGAAUCGCAUACGGUUAGCUCUCUCAGCUUCCUCGAGGGCUUUGGCAUCUUCUUCCUCGUCUUCUUCGGAAGUUUGAUAAUCGGCGUCCUUGUUGGUGUCGGCACCGCUCUUCUGCUCAAGUUGACUUAUAUCCGGCGUUACCCCAACAUUGAGAGUUGCCUGAUCGUUCUCAUCUCCUAUGCGACGUAUUUCUUCUCGAAUGCGACACACUUGUCUGGUAUCGUGUCUCUGCUGUUUUGCAGCAUCACGUUGAAACACUAUGCCUACUUCAACAUGUCUCGCCGCACCCAGCUGGCCACGAAGUACUUCUUCAAGGUUACAGCGCAGCUGUCCGAAAACUUCAUCUUCAUCUACCUGGGUCUUUCCCCCUUUACCGAUAACAGGCUAGAAUUCCGUCCACUUCUCGUCAUUGUCACUGUACUGGCUGUCUGCGCCGCUCGCUGGGUGGCUGUCUUUCCCCUCUCGCGCGCCAUCAAUGCCGUGAUACGGUACAAGGCCCGGCGCCGUGGCGGCGACCUGAGCGACGAGCUGCCGUACAACUACCAGGCUAUGCUCUUCUGGGCUGGUCUCCGAGGAGCUGUCGGUGUGGCCCUUGCUGCCCUACUGACCGGCGCAAAUUCCUACGCGCUGAAGGGUACUGUCUUGGUGGUUGUCAUGCUGACUGUCAUCAUUUUUGGUGGUACUACUGCUCGCAUGCUCGAGAUUCUCGGCAUCCAGACCGGCGUUGUCGACGAGAUCGACAGCGAUGACGAAUUCGACAUCGAGACCUCUGGUGGCGGCAACUACUACAAACGCUCCGGUGGUGGCGGUAUCGGUUACAUCCCCGGACGCAAUGGAAGCCUUUCUCUGCAGAACCUUGGCAACCAAGGUGGUGGCCGUGGCUCGUACGUCUCCGGUCACCACUCUCCCAACCCCAUUCGUCGCACCUCCAGCCUUAGUCGCAAGACGACAGAGGAGCAGGCCGGCCUCCUGGGCCAGACACCGCACGACUCGGACCUCGAGAGCGACAUUGACAUCUCCGACCUGCCGCCACCCGCCCAGCGCGGAGCCUCACGCCAGGCGAGCCCCCUCAACGUCCAGUCUUCCGAAGCCUCCUCCUCGUUCCUCCCGCCUGAUCCGACUCCGGCGGCAGCGCAGCACCAUCAUGUCACGGCCGGCUCGGCGAUCCGUUCGCUGUUCACCACCGAGGACGCCUCACAGCUAUUCCGCCAGCUCGACGAAGACUUUAUCAAGCCGACGCUACUCCUAGAUGGAGGCCACGGCGGCAGGUCAGGAGGUCAUAAUGGUGGCCCGUCAGGCGUGUAA